UGUACGCUUCCUGUGCAAACCGGAAAUAAUUAGAGGAGCGGUCCUGGAGGUGACUCUGUGGGACUCUGUUUUCUUUCUAAAGGAAAGGACUGAGAAGGAUUUCGUGUUUGGCGUUAGAUUAGACGUGUUAUAGGGGUUUCACAGGUUAAAUGGGGUCACAUCUGGUGCGGAGCUACAUCACGGAACGGGACACGGUACCGGACCCGAAAGGCCCGUUUCAAUCCGACCCGCAGUUCGGCUUCACCGAGGAGAGGAAAGAAAGAGAGCCGGUAGCCACACAGGAGCACAUGAACUUGGCCAUGUUGCCAGUGGAGCAGCGUGAUUACUGCGCUCACUACCUGAUCAAGCUGAUGAAGUGUAAGCGAGACAACUUCCCCAACUUCCUGGCCUGUAAGCACGAGAGACAUGACUGGGAUUACUGCGAACACCAAGAUUACGUGAUGAGGAUGAAGGAGUAUGAGCGAGAGAGAAGGCUGAACCUGAGGAAGAAGAGGAUUGAAGUGCAGGCAGCAUAGUCACCCGUCUUCACCUCUCCAUCUCAACCAACUGUCAUGUUGUAGAAGGUGUCCCUCCCUCUGUAAAUAUCAAUGCUCUCCACAAUAAAAGAGCACCUUUACCCUGCUUAAA